AUCACAACCAAAAAUACAAAACAACAACCAAAAAACAAAAAACCAAAAAAAAAAACAAAAAAAAAACAAGAAAUAAUGGAGAUGAAGAACAUCUUUGUGGCCCUCUUUAUCUCGGCCGUGUUAGUGAGCUCAGUCUCCGCGGCUACAAUGGAGUCUCCAGCACCAUCACCAGGUGCUUCCUCUGCCUCCACCGUAGCUUUUCCGGUGGUUGGCUCCAUUGUUGCUGCAUCACUCUCCGCCUUCUUGGCUCUUCUCUUGCAGUAGAAAGACAAGAGUCCUCAAAAUAUGAGAAGGAGAUAUAUAACAAAACUCUUUUUUUGUUCUGAUUUUGUUCCUUAGAAUCUAUGAUGACAAAUAACCCAUUUUGAUGUAUAAUCUCAUUGUGUAAGUUAUUACACUAAUAUAUAUGAGUAUAUGAUAAUAAUAACACUAUUUUAUCAGAUCUAAUGAUAUCUGAUC